AUGGCGGGCGAACCUGCGUUUGAGGGCGGCUUCAAGCUGUACCGUUACGACCCCAACUUGGCAGCCAAUAUCGUCUUCAUUGUCCUUUUCGCCGGAGUAUCGAUAGGCCACGCCGUCCUCCUUUUCCGGAGAAGAACAUGGUCGUUCAUCCCGUUCUUGAUAGGCUGCAUUUUUGAGACGAUCGGGUACAUCGGCCGAGCCAUUUCCGCCCAGGAAAACCCCGACUACUCGUUGAACGCGUACAUCCUCCAAACCCUUCUCAUCCUACUCGGCCCAGCGCUGCUCGCCGCCUCCAUCUACAUGAUCCUCGGCCGACUGAUCCGCCUGCUCGGAGCCGAAGAAUACGCGUUAAUCAGGACGAAGUGGAUGACUAAGGUCUUCGUGACGGGGGACGUGCUGUCGUUCCUUGCGCAAGGGGCUGGCGGCGGCCUCAUGGCAGUAGCCAAGACGAAAGACGACCAAAAGCGGGGCGAGAACGUCAUCCUGGCCGGCCUGGCCAUCCAAAUCAUCUUCUUCGGCUUCUUCAUCAUCACCACGAUCCUCUUUCACCGGCGCAUCGCCGCCCACCCCACCCCGCGCUCCUACUCCGUCACGGGCCCCUGGCGUCAGCUCCUCGUCGCGCUGUACAUCAGCAGCGUGCUGGUGCUGGUGCGGUCCGUGUUCCGCAUGAUCGAGUUCGGCAUGGGCAACGACAGCGUGCUCAUGUCCAACGAGGGCUACCUUCUGGGGCUGGACGGCGCCCUCAUGCUGCUGGUGGCGGCCGUGCUGCUGUGGAGCCACCCCAGCCGGGCCCUGGCCGGGUACAAGGAGGUGCUGGCGUCGUCGGGCGGCGAGAGCGGCCGCAACACAACCGAGAGCUUUCAGAUGCUGCCGGUUCACCCUGAUGUUGCGCCGGCGGGGGUCGCGAUGCCCGGGAAAUAUGAUAGUGACUCGACGGCCGUGGUGGGGGGUCAGGGCAGUGGGUAUGAGGUGCCGGCGAGGGAAAACAGGUACUCGAGCACGUAUGGAAGGUGA